UUGUUCAGCAUUAGAGUCAGCGUGAUAUACACAAGACCUAGUCUGAGAGCAAGACUGAGAAAAGGAGGCAUUCAAAUAUAAAAGUUAACUCACUUUUCAAGUUUUUUUCUGGAUGGUAAGGGUGAGGAGUGACUCCACUGGCCUUGCAUAGAAUCCAAAGGUAGUUGGAGAGGAGCCUGAAGAAAAUCGACUUUUUCACAAACUUGUAUGGAAUUUCUCAGGAUCAAACCAUAAUCCGUUUUCAUUGUUGAUUUUUCAUUUUGUGAGUUUCUUUCAGUCUUUGACCAUGAGGCACAAGUAUCUACUGAGUCUGGUUCUUCUGUUAGCACUGACAGAGAACAUCCUGAUGCAGACAGACUGUGGACUUGGAUAUAAAAAUCACAAGAGAAUAUGUUUAGAUGAGAAUGAGUGUGAGUCUGAUCCAUCCAUUUGUGGAAAAAAUGCAAGAUGCUUCAACACUGUUGGCAGCUACUACUGUCAAUGUCAUGAAGGAUUCACAACUAAUUCAGCUUAUAAUUUCACUCCAGAAGAUGGGAUUGAAUGUGAAGACAUCAAUGAAUGUGUGGUUGGCAGCGCUGCUUGUGGUCCUUAUACAAAAUGUGUCAAUUCUGAAGGAGGAUAUAAUUGCACAUGUGAAGCUGGCUACAUUUCCAGCAAUGGAAAAGACACAUUUAAAUCAGGACAAGGAGUUCAGUGUAAUGAGCUUAUGUGUGACAGAUUAUUAAAUGAGAGAAAAGCAUCCCAGGCAUUUCCAGAGUUCAAAAAACUCGUCUCUUUGAUGACCAACAGCUGUCUGAAUCAGAGUGAGCCUGUCAGCAUGAACAAUUCUACAGGGGACAAGAGGGAUUCUACACAAGGGGACGGAGACGGAGAAAGAUUUUUGCAGGCAUUUCUAAAUGCUCUAGAUGAUCUGCUUCAUGGUGGCUUCAGCAGUGAUAAUGCUAAAGUCUCAGCAUUGUUCAGUAUUGUGGAAAGCAUGUUAAAACUGAUAGGACCUCAGCUGUCAGCAAGCCAGACCAGGAGAGUAAGCGCUAAAACUGAUGUGGAGCUGUUACUAAAGAGGGGCAAUUCUCCACCUGAGGGUGAAUUCAUGAUGAAUACUAGUGGAGCACAAUUUACCUCCCACUGGGACACCGCAACAGGAAAUAAUCACCUUGGCUUUACGACUGCAGCUCUCCUCAGCUACAAAGGUCUGGAGGAGUCACUCAACUGCUCUUUUGACCAUUUAAAGACACAGCAAAAGCAAACUUUCAAGAUCAAUUCAAAAGUAGUAACCGCCACUGUUAGUAACAAGGAGACAACCAACCUAACGAAACCAAUAAAUCUCACAUUUUCUCACUUGGAGAAAAAGAAUGAGGAGCAUAUGUGUGUGUUUUGGGAUCCUGAACUGGACGGGGGUGCGUGGUCAACACGUGGCUGCACAACAGUGAUAUCCAGUGCCGAUCAGACCGACUGCUCCUGUUCUCACCUCAGCAGUUUUGCUGUGCUUAUGGCUCUCUAUGAUAUUGGGGAUGUAUACGAGCUGCGUGUGGUCACACUGGUGGGACUGUCGCUGUCUCUGAUCUGCUUCUUCAUCUGCAUUGUCACGUUUUACUUCGUGCGAUCCAUCCAGAGCACACGAAACACCAUCCACCUGCACCUCUGCAUCAGCCUCUUCAUCGCCUACUUUGUGUUCCUCGUGGGCAUCACCCGCACAGAGAAUAAGGUGGGCUGUGCAGUCGUUGCAGGCAUUCUGCACUACUUCUUCCUGGCUUCCUUCUGCUGGAUGUGUCUGGAAGGAGUGCAGCUCUUCCGCAUGGUGGUGCUGGUCUUCAACACAACGCUGAGACCCAUCUAUAUGUUUGCCGCUGGUUAUGGAGUUCCUGCUGUUAUCGUUGCCAUUUCAGCCACAGCGAACGCAAGUGGAUAUGGCACCGAUAAGCACUGCUGGCUCAGCAUUCAAGAUGGCUUCAUCUGGAGCUUUUAUGGGCCAGUUUGUAUCAUAAUUAUUGCUAAUGUAUUCUUCUUCCUCAUAACAAUAUGGAAGCUGGCAGAAAAGUUUUCCUCCCUCAACCCAGACUUAGACAGUCUGCACAAAAUCAAGGCUUUUACGGUUACUGCAAUCGCUCAGCUGUGUAUCCUUGGCAUCAUGUGGGUGUUUGGCUGUUUUCAGUUUAAUGAAAACACUCUGGCAAUGUCAUACAUCUUCACCAUACUAAGCAGCCUGCAGGGGGUGCUGAUGUUCAUCAUGCACUGCUGGCUCUCAAAACAAGUGAGAGAUGAGUAUGCCAAAUUCCUGUCCUGUAUCUGUACACCACAGAAGAGGAAAUAUUCAGAGUUCACCUCCAACCAAACAAGCAAACAGCAGGCCUCCAGGAGCGAUACUCACACCGGUGAAUCACACAUUUAAGAGGUCAUUUCCACAAAACCAUUCAAUUUUCCAUCUGUUUGCAAGUUGGAGUGUCACAUUAUUUCUCUAUCUGCUUUCUGUGGAAAUGUUCAUAAACUGUAUUUGGGGAAUUCUUCUUUUACGGGAACUUUUCUUUCCCUUAGGAUCAUUUUAUAAAGAAAAUUUUAACAUUUUUAAAGAAUUCUUUAUUUUUCCAGGACAUAUUUUAAAAGUGUCUCUUUUUCUGCUGCAAUUGCUCCUUAAAAACAAGAAAAUGACGCAGUUUGAGGACAGUAAGAAUUUUAUUUUCUCUAUACAGUUAAUAAACAAUUACCCUUGUACACCUGCAGGUAGAGAGGUGCCACCUACUGUAUCUAUUACCUACAGGUGUACGAGGGUAAUUGUUAAUUGACUUCAAGAAAAAUCUUUAUCAAAAGAAAAAUCUUUAUCAAAAAAUCUUACUGAUAUUAGGUGUAUAGGAAAACAGACCAAAUCAAGUC